GCUCGAGGUAAAGGGAAAAGCGUUCGUGCGCUGGAAAAAUCCCAUGUCCACCACUUUCUGAACUUCUCUGAAUCUCUUCCUUCUUCCUCUCCGGUGACCGAACUACGGCAAACGUGAGUAAGCAGAGUGAGAGGGAGAGGAGAGCUGCGGCGAGGAGUUGGCGGUUCCAACAAUUGGCAUCAGAGCCUCGUGCGGGAGGGAGCUCGCCGGCGAUGUCCAUCGUGCCAUACGCCGGCGGAUCGGGCGGCGCGGUGUCGCACCCAGCGCCCGUGCUCACGGGCGACAACUACCCCACCUAGGCCAUCAAGGUGGAGGCGGACCUUGAUGCCGCAGAGCUGUGGGAGGCGGUGGUGCCGCCGGAGGACGCGGCAUCGGUGGUGAUCGUCAAGAAGGACAAGCCGGCGAGGGCCUAUCUGCUCCGAGCGCUCGCCGACGAUCUUCUGUUGCAGGUGGCUGCGAAGAGGACGGCGGCGGAGAUAUGGGCGAGCUUGAAGGCCAGGUUCGUGGGCGUGGAUCGCGUGCGCGUGACGCGGCUCGGCACGCUCCGGGGAGAAUUCGAGCUCCUGCGGAUGGCGGAGUCCGAGUCUCUCGAUGCGUUCGCCGGGAGGCUCGGCGGCAUGGCGGCGCGCUACGCGGCGUUGGGCUCAACCCUGGAAGAUUCCGCGCUCGUCAAGAAGCUACUUGACUCGGUGCCGAACCGGCUGUACGCGGCGGUGGCCGGCAUUGAGCAGUUCUGCGACGUCGGGGCGAUGCUGUUCGAGGACGCGUUGGGGCGGCUGAAGGCUUUUGAUGAACGGCUGCGGCGACGCGAUCAGGCAGGCGGCGAGCAAGCUGACGGCGAGCUGCUGUACAAGGCGGCGCAAUGGAGGGCGCGGGAGCGGCGUCACGGUGGAGCUCGGGACGACGACGACGGGACGCGCAGCGAGGCUUCAGGCGUCGGUGGUCCCAGGAAGGGCAGGUGCUACAAGUGCGGGGAGCGGGGUCACUUCAAGCGUGACCGCCCGCAGUGGAAGAAGGCGCCGGCACCGGAGCAUGCACUGCUGGUCGACGGCGACGUCGAGGAUGGCGGGCUGCUCAGAGCCGCGGCUUAGGGCGCGAGUGUUGGGUGUAAUAAGCCGCGGUGAUGCUCCUGGCGCGGCUGGUGCGUGUAUGGGCGCGCACCGGACGUGACGGGUGCGUCGGGUCCGCGGUGUGCGCGCGCGUAGGUCUGCGUGUGUGUGUGAGUCAGCGCGUGUGUGCGCGGGGCCACGCCGGGCUGUUAGCGAGCGAUAAGGAGGGGUAGACCGCGUCGGCCGCGCUGGCAGGCCGUGGCGAUCGUGUUCGGGCGCGGUGCGUGGACGCGGCCAGAGCGCGGAGGGCGUGGGGGAAUGGGUGAGCGAGUUGGUGCAGGGCGAGGCCGUGCAGGCCGGUGCUUGCGGGUAUAAAAUCCUAGCUCCCCUCUGUAGCUCAGGGACAGGAUCGAGUUCGUGCUCGAGGUAAAGGGAAAAGCGUUCGUGCGCUGGAAAAACCCGGUUUUCACCACUUUCUGAACUUCUCUGAAUCUCUUCCUUCUUCCUCUCCGGUGACCGAACUACGGCAAACGUGAGUAAGCAGAGUGAGAGGGAGAGGAGAGCUGCGGCGAGGAGUUGGCGGUUCCAACAGUAACUCGCCAGAUGAGGCUAAGAUUACCAAUUCUGACUGCUGCUUACGACGUGCUGACAGCGGUAUCGCAGCUCGUUAAUUCAGACAAGUUAACUGGGCAAAGACUGGAUUAGAUACAACUCAUGUAAAGAACCAUUUGUGUACCUCUCUUAUCUAACUGAAAGGCUGAACGGAUCUACUUUCUCUGGG